AUGCCAAGGACCUACAGACGGAAGACCAGCUGGGGCUCAACACCCCUGGAGGAGAUUGAAAGGGCAGCGAGUGAAGUCAAGGGAGGAAAGUCCAUAAGAUCAGUGGCUAAAGAAAGACAAAUUGACAGGUCAACACUCAGGAGAUAUAUUAAAAAGAGGGACACACAGGAGGUCAAAUCGGUUGGCUAUAGUGGAACAGCUUCAGCAAAGAGAGUCUUCUCUGAGGAGGUGGAGAAGGAGCUAGCAGAGCAUAUCAAGAAGCUUGCAGAGCAGUUCCAUGGUAUUUCCCCAAAGAAAUGCCGUGAACUGGCAUUAGAAUUGGCAGGCAGAAACAACAUUGUGCUCCCCUGA